AUGGGUUGUGUCUGCGGCACUCAAGCGAAUCGAUACGUGGAAGUUCGUCGGGUCUUUGAUGGCAGUUUAUUCCUCCAACUCAUCGGAGCAGACAGCAGUACUCAAGCAAUCACAUUGCGAAAAGCCGAGUCCUCUAGUCAUCGAGCUUCUAUUCAAGCUCAAUCCGGCCAGAUUGCAGUCAUAUUCGACGGAUGCGUGAGUCUCUUUGACGCGAACGGGAAAAACACCUUAAGCAUUCGUGCAUUUAUGCCUCUAGGACGUACCCAUGUUGUGGUUCCUCAUUCACCUGGUCACGCGUACGAGGUUGGCGCUCACUUACAGGACAGCGAAGUCCUGCUAACAUCAGAAGUUUUCCUCUUCUGGAAAUCCGAAAAGGAAGUUAUUUGUCGGUAUGUGACAGACGGAGGUGGUGAAGAGGUUGUUUUGCAGUCUACAAUGUGUGCUCGAGUGGAGUUGCAGAACCAAUCGCGAUAUCUGCUGCUACCUCCUCAAUUGUUACCCGACAAUAAGAAGGAUUCUUCAUUAAACGCUCUUACCAACGCAGAUUUUAUCGGUCUGCUCGGUACCAUCCCAUUCUUUGCGAAUCUUCCGAUAGACAAACUCGCUGUGCUCACUGAAAUGUCGACUAUUCGCGUAUAUCCCAGCAACAGCAUCAUCUUCCGCGAAGACGAAGGGAUAAGUACGCAAAUGUUCGUCACAUUAACUGGUUCCGUCGAGGUGACCAGCUCACGCGCUACUGGACCAUUAGCGACGUUAGAAGCAGGCUCGUUCUUUGGCGAAAUGUCGUUAUUGAUCAAUAUUCCGCGUGCUGCGACCGUCAAGGCACUCGAAAGCUGCAUGCUGAUGAGCAUCGAAAAGAAGGCCUUCCAUAGUUUAUUGGAUCAGUGUCCUGAUGUACGACUGGGCGUGAAUAAACUUCUGAAAGAGAGACUUCUAUUGAAGGCCAUCUUGAGUGGAGUUCUGCCCUUCUUCGACUCAAUACCCAACGAGAGAAUGAUUCGCUUCAGUCACGAACUUGACAUUGAAGACCAAAUCCACAAAGGUGACACUGUACUGCGUCAACAGGAUGAGAAUGACACAGAGGAGUCGAAAUUUGUGUUUAUAGUGUAUGGAGCGGUGGAGAUCACGUCCAAUCACCGGAAAACCAGUAAAUUCGGACACGACAGCACCGUAUUCCUCACUCCUGGAUGCUACUUGGGUCAAUUCACCUUUGAGCGCAUGAAUGUGACUAAAGGGAAGGCAUUCGCUCGGUCCUCUGCAGUUCUGCUGACUUGCUCCUUCAGUAAAGUCUUGGAGCUGUUUGAAGAAUACCCCGCUGCUGGUGCCGCAGCAAACAUCGCGUGGUUUGGAGAGCGAUGUGACUUUGCCAGCGUGUUACGUCACGGUGUCUUGACGCAGAGAUUCCAGACUUUUCUCGAAUCCGAACAUAGUGAUGAGAACUAUCUCUUCUUCCUGGAGAUUGAGAAGUUCCGCGUGAUAGGAGACGAAAGCGAGCGACGUGUAGCAUCGAACCACAUUCGGGAGUGGUAUAUCCAGUCAGAUGCACCGAAAGAAGUGAAUCUGCCUGCAAUUAUACGCGACGGUAUCCUCGAGAAGAUGGACAAGUUAUCUCCGACAGGUAUCGUGGAGACCACGUUCUUCGAUGAGGCUUGUGACGAGAUCAUGCGGCUUAUGGUGAAAGACAGCUUCCCACGUUUCAAGAAGAGUCUGCACUUCCAGAACAUAGUGGACACGUUAGACCCCCACACUAAUCGAAAAGGUUCCAGACUUAUCGCCGCCUGUCACCACUUCCGAGACUCGUUGCAAGUUCUGCGCCCCGGUCACGUCGAUAUGAAGCACAUGCAGCUAGAACGCAUGAUGAGUACCAUUCAGAAGUCCCAAGCGCGGAGAAAUGUAUCCGGUUUGGCUAGUCCUCAACAGGAAAACAGGUAGAAACAUUGAGUAAGCAAGCAAUAAAUCGUAG